AAACCCUAGCAAACAAUCCGUCCCUAUCCCAAACUGGACUCUCAUUGGACUCUCAUAGGUAACUACUUCGUAUUAGAUUUUUACAUUUUUAUAUCCCUAAUUUCAAAUUCUAAAUUUCAGGAGUUUGCCCCGUUUGUUCUGGAGGAAUGGAAACUGUUGCUCAUUGUUUAUUUAAUUGCAGGGUGGCUAGGGAGAUUUGGUUUCUCGCUGGACAUGAACAGGUUCGGCAGUUAAUAGCUACCAUGUCACCCGAUUUGGCAUGGGCCCAUAUCUUCAACUCGUUGCAGCUGAGCAAAGUGGAAAUAGCGGAAUUAGUGUUCCUUACUUGGCGAAUAUGGAAGGCCCGUUGUUGGUCUUGCUAUGACCAUGUGCAGUAUCUCCCAGGCCCUCUAGUUCGGCAAUUGCGACAGCAGCAGGAUGAAUGGGCAGCAGCAACUAACUCCAGCUCACGUGGAGGGUAUUCUCAUGGCCGCCCCAGACCUGCUCCGCCGUCUCCAUCCUGUCCAGCAGGGGGUGUGUUGAUCCAUUUUGAUGGCGCAACGCGACAUGGAGAGGGAGGCUGCAUAGGCUUUGUUGGAUUCUCAGAAGCAGGAUCACCCAUUUAUGCCUGUGGCAAGUAUUAUGAAAGUAUUUCUGAUCCCUUUUUAAUGGAGCUACUAGCGUUACGCGAUGCAAUGGAUUGGUGCUUAACCCGAGGCAUUGUUUCUGUUUGCUUUUGUGGUGAUUCGCAAUUGGUGAUCCGGCGAGUAUCGGAGAAUAUCAUUGAGCAUGAUCGUGGUGGAGCAAUCCUUGAGGAGGUUCGAGUGCUGAAGUCCUCGUUCACGUUUAUUCGUUUUGUUUUCUCCCCUCGUAGGACUAACAGGGCUGCCCAUUGCGUGGCAAAAACGGCUCUUGCAUCGGCUAAUCAGCACUUGGCUGAUUUCCGUUAUUUAUUUUUCAACUUUGUGUAAUUCCCUACCUAUUACAGAGCUACCUAAGUUAAAAAAAAACUAAAUUAAAACAUUCUGAAUUUCUGGGGUCGUUUGCUUCUAGGAUUUUAGAAAAUGAGGGAUUAUGAUAAAACCUUGGAUUUUGAAUAUGAGAGAUUAUGUUGGAUUUUGAUUAUGUUGGAUUUUGAAACUUCCAUGUUUGUUUGUAGGAUUUGGUAAUGGCUUUUAGUAGGUUGGAAUUAUGGCUUGAUGGGGGAAAUUACUUUCUUAUCCUUAAUGAACCACUUUUUACUUU